UUUUAUUAAGUAAACAGUUAAUAGCGAAUAUUAUUCAGAUAGUGACAAACCAUUAUAGAAUAUUAAUAGGACGUUCACUGGUGCGUUGAGGGAUGAAACAUAGACUACUGGGGACAUAGGACAAUAAAUUGAAAUGGGUACUGGCUAUUCAAAAGACCGUCCGACGACCAAUUUUAACAGACGAGAUUCUAAAAGGAAAAGCAAGAAAAAAGAAAGAAUGGAAAUUCAAGAAGGCGAAACAUUUAAGCAAGCGACGAUUAAAGAUAAAUGCCUGAGAGAUCUUGGGGAAAUUCUAGCUCAGCAUGUAGAUAAACUGAACAAUAAUGGCAAAACAACCGAGAUAAAAAGCCUUCUUGACAUAUUAGAAGAACAUAAAACUAAAGAUAUCAGUUACGACAUGAACGGAGAAGUGACGGAGGCACAGCAAUUCAGGGAAACAAUAGAACGAAUCGAAGUUGUAUUAAAAGAAUAUAAGGAAUUUCCUCAGCGAUUAAAAGAUUCAUUUAAAGGUGUGACAAAAGAUAUUUACUCGUGUGUAGCAGAAAAUAUGCAAGAACACAAUCAACUGAUAAACAGAAAGACCAGUAUCAGAAGGAAAAAUAGUCGAGCAAAAGAAAUAAAACAUCAAAUUGGCGUUUCAGCUACAGUUCAGAUAUAUUACACACCAGAUGGAAUAAUGAAUGACAUACAAAAGGUUCUGCAAACAACCUUGAGAAGCGAGUUAGGAGCUGUGAAGUUUAUUCCUGUAUGCGACAAAUCCGAAAUUAAUGACGACAUGCUGUUAAUCAUUACAUGCAAUGUGUCAUCAAGAGUUGUUUCGGAUGCAGUACAUGCUAUGAAAGACAUCACAAAUUCAGCAAAUGCGGCCCUCUUGCUAAUACAUGUCGGUGAGGCACACACAUUUUCAAAUACAAACAGUUCUUUACAUUUGACAGGGAAUGAAUUUAAUAAUCUGCGAGGAAUUUAUGACAUGUUCUUUGUGAAAAGUAAUCACGACUUCCUCAGAUGUGACAUGAACAAAAACAGUAUCAAAGGACUGUGCUCAUUCUGUAAAGGCGAUCCUUGUAUCGCAUGUAUUGAAAGUACGCAUUUUUAAAAGUUCGUACGAAAAACGUAUAAAAUUAGAUACAUGAACAGUCAUGUCAUAUAUGAAGGCGUUGUAAAACAUAUUUUCAUGUAGUUAAAAAGAAAUUGAAAUAUCGUUUUACUUGAAGGACUUUUGCAUGUUAGAAAUUUAUAAAUCAGAAAAUAUUAAUAUAAACCUACAUCUUCGCUACCUACAGUUUACGAACGUUUUGUUAUGUCUUUCCUUAUACAUAUUAAAUCGACAACAACAACAAUUUCCGCAUUCAAUCUUUCAUGGAAAAUGACUUGAAUGACCAAGUAAAAUACAAAUUACUUAUAUCGUGAAAAUAUUAAAAACAAUAAAAGGAACUGUAUACCAUCAAGAUCUAACAUUUGACACUGUCUGGAUGGCAAAUGGGCAGUUUGUCAAGAACUUGAACCUUGGAAUAAUGUUCCACAGCUCUGUAAACUGAUUGCCUGGACAUGAAGGUCGCAAAUUGACAAACCACGGUGUCUCCUGUAUUAGGUUUGCUCAGAUUUAAAAAAAAACUGUUGAUCAAACAACAUCAUUUAACAGUGUUAAGGCUUUAAUUAGUGUUGACUACAAUUUGGUCUUUAUGUAAGGUCAUUAUGUAAAAGAACAAACAGAACAAGUUGUAAUAAACAUAUUUAUAUAGA